AUGGCAGCGCCUUCGACUUCGACUUCGAGCAAGGCUUGCAAGUAAGUCACGAGCUAAAAAUGCAAAUAGUGAAUGCAGGAGUCUUCUGCAUACUCUUCUCGUCUCUCGUACCGUUGCAAUUCUCGAUUUAUUGCGUUCAUCUGCCGCUAAAAGCCAAUUUAAGCCUGUAUUAUUUAAUUUUAUUUUAUUAAACUGUGUGUGUUUUUAUGCUUCCCUUUAGUUCAGUAAUGUUUUGGACACAUGAUCAUGAAGCCAUUCUUUGCAGAGAAGUCGUCAAUGUAAAUCCCUACACAAGUAAGAAAGGGUCAACGCAAAGAAGCAGUAUGUGGGAAAAAAUAGCAGACACCUUGAACAAAUCUAAAUGCACUGUGCCGAAAUUCAGGGUUGAUAAGCGAUCAAUCCGAGACCACGUGGGAAUCCUUGUUUACAAGCAUAAGAAGAAACUUCUAGCGGAGGAAAAAGCAACUGGGAUAACUCCCGAUGAGCCAAACUGGAAAACCUACUGGAUAUGA